UGAGUUAAGUGGAUUAUUGAAAAGCUUUAAAAUGUAAUAAGUGAAAAAUAGAGCUAGUACAAGAAGUAAGGGUUGUUGAGGUGUAUGUUUUGCAAUGCUGCUGCUAAAAUUUGGACCCUCUAAUGUGAAGUUGUUUGUGAAGGAGUGUGACAUUUGUUACAGUGAGAAUGACAAUCUCUUGGGAAACAGUGUUGAUGUUUUUUGUUGGAAAGUAAGAGGAGCACAGCUUGAGAAAAUGAAGUUAAUUGUUACAUAAUUUAUCUAUGUGUUUCAGGCAGCUAAUUAGCUAGUGAUAUUUCAAACACAAAAAUGUUGGAUGUAUCAACCAAAAAGUCCUCCAAGUCCAAAACUGUGAGGACAAAGGAAGGAGCAAAAAUUCAGCAAGAACAUGUGGAAUUGGCUGACAAAGAGGAACGUGAUUCAGAUGCCAGCAUUCCUGAAGAACAGCAAAAUAAACGAAUUAAAACAACAAGAUUGGAAAAGAGGAGAGAGAGAAAUGCCUCCAAGUCUAAAACUGUGAGGACUAAGGAAGAAAAAAACAUUUUGAAACGAGGGGCAAAAAUGCCACAGGAACUUAUAGAGUUAGCUGAUAAAGAGGAAUCUGAUUCAGAUACCAGCAUUCCUGAUGAACAGAAAACUAAACAAAUCCGAACAAUGAGAAUGGAAAAGAGGAGAGAGAAGCUGCACCACAAGUCUAUGGAAGCUCUCAAGUAUCUCCUUAAAUGGAAACUUGACAGAUCCAACUGGAAGUACAACAGGAAAAUACAAGUUCAUCUCAUCCAGAGCUGCCUCAACCCACAUGUAAUGGCUAAGGACAACUUCCCUCACUUUUUGGAGUAUGCUGCAUCAAUUAAAGGAGGUUCUUCAAUCUGGCUCAAAACUUUGUGUGAAGAAAAAAUCAAAGAAUAUGAUUCCAAGCAGGCAUUAGCAGACGAAGCAACAAUCAUUCCAAAGGAUCUCAAAGCUGCAUAUAAGAGAGCUAAAAAAAUCCUUGCUAAUAUGGGGUCUGUUGAUGCAGACCAAAGCAGUUAAGGAGCUAUAGAAUGUUCUGCUACCCAAAUGUUAAUGAGGUUAUUUGCCUUGACAGUACAAGUGUAUGCAAUGUC